AUGGCGAUUGACUUCAACCAACCUUGUACAAAGGUGAUACCUCCUACUAAACUGGCGCACAUCGUUCUUCGUACCGGUAAAUUCGAGCAAAUGGUCUCCUUCUACAAGACCUUUCUCGGUGCGGAGGCCACGUAUGAAAACUCCUUCAUUUCCUUCCUUACAUAUGACGAAGAGCACCACCGAAUUGCUAUUAUCUCCGUACCGGGUACUGGUCUGAAGCAGCGGGAGUUAGCCGGCCUCGAACACAUUGCAUUCACCUUCGACUCGCUCGAGACUCUAUGCCUUGCCUACCGCCAGCGCAAAGCAAAGGGUAUUCUGCCGAUCUGGUCAGUGAAUCAUGGUCCGACCACUAGUAUCUACUAUCAAGACCCCGACGGAAAUCAGAUCGAGACUCAGGUUGACAAUUUUGAUACUGUUGCGGCGGCGGACGAGUUUAUGGCUAGCAAGGAAUUCGCGGAGAACCCAAUCGGUGUUGAUUUUGAUCCGGAGGACCUGAUUAAGAAGUUGGAGCAGGAGCAGGACCAGACACUGUUGAAGAAAAGACCCAAUAUUGGCCCUCGAGCUCUCGAUACUGUUCCCCCUCCUCCACCAAUUUCCGUCUAG